AUUGUGAGGUAGCUAGGAGCUCACACCAGUUGAUUAAUGGAAGAGAUCUUUGACAAAUACGAAUCAUGGACACAACGUCUGGAAAGUUAAGCUCACAAACAUUUUCCAAUUUACAGCAUAACAACAGUCCUCCAGAUUUUCAGAAUAACGGAAAACAUUCUGCGAAUUCUGACAAUUCUAAACAUUCGUGUAAGUUACCUUCGCUUUGCAGAGGCACGAAUCGCCAUCACUUGAAGUCUGUGAAACGGCGGCUUGUGUACAAAAAUGGUGAGGUGAACGUCACACAAAUACACAUACGUAAACGUCGCCGCCGAUUUCUAAUAGAUAUUUUUACAACUUUGGUUGAUAUAAAAUGGAGAUACAAUUUAUUACUUUUCCUUUUGGCUUUUAUUUUAAGCUGGCUCAUAUUUGCAGCCAUUUGGUGGCUGAUCUGUUUUGCACAUGGAGACUUAGCCCACCAACUCAAAAACUCAAACCAUAUACCAUGUGUGAAAGAAAUACACUCUUUUACAUCAGCUUUGCUGUUUUCGAUUGAGACACAGCAUACUAUAGGAUAUGGUUCCAGACACACAACAGAAGAAUGCCCAGAGGCCAUAAUUAUAAUGAUGAUUCAGUCGUGCUUUGGGGCUAUAUGCCAAGCUUUGAUGACAGGACUCGUAUUCGCAAAGCUUUCUCGUCCGAAAAGAAGAGCAGAAACACUCAUGUUCAGUAAACACGCCUGCAUCUGUAGACAAGAUGGAGAGUUGUGUCUACUCAUAAGGAUUGGAGAUAUGCGAAAGUCUUGCCUUGUAGAGGCCCAUGUGAGAGCUGUUCUGAUAAAAAAGAAAAUAACGGAAGAAAAUGAGGUCCUACCUCUCUUUCAGUUUGAUGUAAAUUUGGGGUUUGAUGAUGGAACUGAUCGAAUCUUUUUAAUAAAACCAGUUAUCAUAAGUCAUGUUAUCGAUGAGAAUAGUCCUUUCUGGGAAAUGUCUCAAGAAGAUUUGCAAAGAGAACAGUUUGAGUUGAUAGUCAUUUUAGAGGGUAUUUUGGAAUCCACUGGAAUGACUAUCCAAGCCCGAAGUUCUUAUCUUCCCGGUGAAGUACUUUGGGGACACAGAUUCGAACAUUUGGACACAUUUCAAAUAGAAACUGGGCAAUAUCAAACGGAUUUUUCUCGUUUUGACAACACGACACCCGUGAACAUUCCCCUUAACUGUGCCAAAGAACAAGCGGAAGAGGAGGAUUCUACCCAGGAUUCCUCUGACGACCAACCUGGAUGAUAAGAGAUGCUUAAGAACUUUAAAUUACGGUGUCUUUCUAUGAUAAGGUUUACUGAUUAAUCAUAAAUUGCACAUAGAUACAUGAAAAAAUCCAGCAUUAUUUUAAAAAACUGGCUUUAUACUAGUACAUGUAUUACUUCUCACUAAAAUAUUUGACUGCUUCAAAACUAUACUAUUCGACAACAUAUUUAAGAAGUUCGAAUUUAUGAAAUGUAUUUCAUAUCUUGUUGGUCACCUAAAAAUGUUAAAAGUAAUUUUAAUUCCAUGUAUAAGAAGUUAAGAACCGUGGAGUUUAAUAAAAAAAAUCUCUUCAACAAUGACUAUAUACUAGUAUGUAGUCUUGGGAUUCGACGUCUAGCAACAAUCUGCUCGAAUUCCCCCAAGCACAGAUUGUGCUCCUUUUUGAGUCAACCUGUUCUGUAUUUUGUGAGCAUUAUUCAAAAACGUCAUAUGAAAAUUUCUACUUGUUAGCAAGAUUUUCAGUGAGAAAAUCCGGUUAUUGAGUCAGUGAAGAUUGCAGUUGGCUUUGAAAAGGGUUCAUCUUUGCCCGGGUACCUUGUCCUAUAAUUUUCAAGGUAUGUUUUUUGUUUUGCAAUUCAAUUGUACAUAUGUCAGAAAUGCACAAAAUUAUUUAUUUUUUAAUAUGAAAACAAUGCCAGUUGUUAAAUGACGUCCUUUUUGCAAAGUAUUGCAUAUAGGGUACGUCAUUUGUCUAAUACAUGUACUAGUAAAUCCUCCUACAGUUUUCAAGAUGGUAAAAUUUUUAUUUUGCAAAUCAAAUGAUUUCAGAGAUACGCAUAGAGCUUUGAACUCUAAGAUUUUUUAAAAUAAUGUAUGAGUCUAUGAUAAAUUCCUAGAUUUUGAUGUUAUAUUUUUUCCUUGAAAAAUGUUGCACAUAGGAAACUCAGUUAGUCUGGAUAACUUCUAGUACAGUUUCCAAGAAAAGAAGCUCAUAUUCUGUUUUACAUAUAUCACAAAAUAUGUUUUGUACUUGGAUUUCAACUUUAUUUAAUUUAUAUUAUGAGUUUUGCAAACAUAUUUUGUUCUCCAGAAAAUCUUUUUAAGGAAAGUUAAG